UCCGGUUCCGGGGCCCACUCGCCGUUCUGUUUAGCUUUCGCAGCCCGGCGGUGAUGGCUGUGCGGUUGUUUCGAAAUAUUGGAGCCUUGCGAGCGUUUCGCAGCUGCCUGUAUGGCGGGACCCGAAUGGUUUCUCAGUCUCGGUCUCCAGCGGCAGCGGGCGCCUCUGCUGUCUCGAGCGUCGGCUCGGCGGGGCACAAGGACGAUGACGGACACCUGGAGGUCAGCGUCUUCGAGAAGAACCCAGACUUUCAUGGCUUCAGCAGGGAAGACCCUAAUGUGGACUCCUGGAAUAUGAAGUUGGCCUUUUUCUUCAGCAUCUCCAUCGCCAUCGUGCUUGGGUCGACGUUUGUGCACUACCUCCCAGAUCACGGGAUGCGGCAGUGGGCCCGGCGGGAAGCCGAGAAGCUUAUCAAGGAUCGAGAAGCACGGGGUCUGCCCGUCAUGACGGAGAAUUACUUUGACCCAAGCAAAAUCAUCCUGCCGGCGGAAAGCGAGGACGAGUGACUGCGCCAGAUAAUCGACUGCUGAGAACUUUCUAGAGUGACAUAAUAAAUAAAAAAAAGGAUUUUGAAUCUGGA